CCAAUAAAAGAGAAAGUGUUGGCCGGAGAGUGCAGGAGGCGAGUGCCCCUAGCAUUGCUCUCCUGCUCUUUUAAAUGAGGCUGUCCUCAAGGAAUUUGUGGGAGAAAAACCAUCCACAGUUCCAUCAUCUUCACCUUAAUCCUACGACUCGGGCCUCAAAAUCCAUUGCUAAUAUCUCAAAAUCCGCAGUUCAUUGAAAAUAUUUUCUUUUUGAAACAAGACAGAUCAUCACCAGCCGACCAUCAUCUCCCAUACCCAUGCUUGCAUUCUGCUAAUCUUCAUGAAAAUUUGAAAUUUUUGUUGGAAAAUCGCUUGGCAUACUUACUUGAAGAAAGACUUCAUCAUUCAUUUGCAUAUACUCGCAGAUCUGAAGCAAAUUUUGGAAUUUUUGCAUGUCAAGGUAAGCACGAACUUUUCCUCUUUUUAAACCAAUAUUCUACGCUACUGUUAUCUUUUUAAAUCUUGUUGAUUCUUGUAAAGAUAGGUCGUAUUUGAUCUUUUUGAAGAGGUACCUUACUCAUGCUCAUUUAUUUGGGGAACUAUAGAUUUGAGGGAAGGAAAUUUCAAGGAGGCUCUGUUCUUCGAAACACCCUUAUUUUAUUUAUUUUUAUUUUAUUUUUAUUUUUUUGCGCUUCAAUCUUCUUGCGAGGAUUUGAGUGGGUUUGAUUUUUGGCUGGUGGGUUUUGGGAUCUCGUUUGUGAAAUCUCAAAAAAGGGUUCGGAAAUUAUUUUCUACGGCGAAUCCUGAUUUCUUCUUCUUGGAUAGUAGUUUUAUCAUCUAAGAAUGUCAGCUGAAAAUUUUCUUGUAGUUCUUAGGCGUUUUAUUUGAAAAUCAGGAAGUAAUUGUUAAGGGAAGCUAACGAAACUAAUAUACUUACUAGUAGAAAAGUGAAGUACUGUCUAUUCUACACAAAUAUUGUACUUCAUUUAGAUUUUGUUUAGCGUGAUUUUGGGUUUUAGUUUUUAAAUUUUAAUUUUUAUAUGUUUAUUAACUAUUAUUAUAUUUAAAAUUUAAAAUUUAUAAUAAAAAUUUUAAUUUAUUUAAUUUAAUUUAAAUAUAAUAGUUGUGACUAAAUAUAUUAAAUUUAAAAAUAAAAACCAAGAACAAAAAUUAUACUAAACAAAAUCUUAAUUGUUAACAGGUGAGGUAUGUCUUCCGAUAUUAGAGCGUACUCGUUCGCUAACAGUUAAUUAUU